AUGGGAUUCGAAGCCUUCCUGCUCUACCCCGCGACGAUCAAGUUGACCAACAGCUCCGUAGCAUUUUGCUUCCUCCAACCCCUUUUCAAUCCCUGUACGUGUUUUUGCUUUUGUUUUGGGGGGGGGGGGGGGGGGGGGGGGGGGGGGGGGGGGGGGGGGGGGGGGGGGGGGGGGGGGGGGGGGGGGGGGGGGGGGGGGGGGGGGGGGGGGGGGGGGGGGGGGGGGGGGGGGGGGGGGGGGGGGGGGGGGGGGGGGGGGGGGGGGGGGGGGGGGGGGGGGGGGGGGGGGGGGGGGGGGGGGGGGGGGGGGGGGGGGGGGGGGGGGGGGGGGGGGGGGGGGGGGGGGGGGGGGGGGGGGGGGGGGGGGGGGGGGGGGGGGGGGGGGGGGGGGGGGGGGGGGGGGGGGGGGGGGGGGGGGGGGGGGGGGGGGGGGGGGGGGGGGGGGGGGGGGGGGGGGGGGGAGGGGGGGGGGGGGGGGGGGGGGGGGGGGGGGGGGGGGGGGGGGGGGGGGGGGGGGGGGGGGGGGGGGGGGGGGGGGGGGGGGGGGGGGGGGGGGGGGGGGGGGGGGGGGGGGGGGGGGGGGGGGGGGGGGGGGGGGGGGGGGGGGGGGGGGGGGGGGGGGGGGGGGGGGGGGGGGGGGGGGGGGGGGGGGGGGGGGGGGGGGGGGGGGGGGGGGGGGGGGGGGGGGGGGGGGGGGGGGGGGGGGGGGGGGGGGGGGGGGGGGGGGGGGGGGGGGGGGGGGGGGGGGGGGGGGGGGGGGGGGGGGGGGGGGGGGGGGGGGGGGGGGGGGGGGGGGGGGGGGGGGGGGGGGGGGGGGGGGGGGGGGGGGGGGGGGGGGGGGGGGGGGGGGGGGGGGGGGGGGGGGGGGGGGGGGGGGGGGGGGGGGGGGGGGGGGGGGGGGGGGGGGGGGGGGGGGGGGGGGGGGGGGGGGGGGGGGGGGGGGGGGGGGGGGGGGUGGGGGGGGGGAGGGGGUGGAGGAGUGAGGGGGAGUGAGGAGGAGUGUGGAAGAGUGAGGGGGAGUGGAGGAGUGAGGAGGAGUGAGGGGGAGUGA